AUGCGCAGACUGCUGCAGGGCCCAGGGGGACCCCUGGCCGGCGACCUGACGGAGAUCGCAGGCCUGGACUACCUGUCCUACCCGACGGGGGUCAUCGCCCAAGCCCAGGCGCUCGCCGCCGCCGCGUUUGGCGCUGACCGCACCUUCUUCCUGGUCAAUGGCUGCACGGCAGGCAUCCACGCCGCCGUCAUGGCCACCUGCCCGCCAGGCUCAACGCUGCUGCUCGCGCGCAACUGCCACCUCAGCGCGUUCAACGCGGCGGUGCUCGCCGGCUGCCAUACCGCGUGGGUCGCGCUGGAGGCGGACGAGCAGCACGGGGUCGCGCACUGCGUGGCGCCACGAGCGCUGGCUGCCGCGCUCCAGGCGCAGGCGGCGGCGGGGGCGCGCGUCGGGGCGGUACUGGUGGUGUCGCCCACUUACUUUGGGGCGGUUGCCAGGGUGGCAGAGCUCGCUGCUGUCUGCCACGCCGCGGGCGUGCCGCUCAUUGUGGACGAAGCCCAUGGUGCCCACCUCACGCCGGCGUCCCGCCAGCUGCCCGGCGACUUCCCGCCAGGCGCGCUGGCGGCCGGCGCGGACGUGGCAGUGCAGAGCACGCACAAGGUGCUGACGGCGAUGACUCAGGCGGCGAUGCUGCACGUGCGGCGCGGGCGGGUGGAUGAAGAGAGGGUCGCGCGCGCCCUGCAGGUGCUCCAGAGCUCCUCCCCCAGCUACCUGCUGAUGUCAUCGCUCGACGCGGCCAGGGAGCACGCCUUUGCACCUGGAACAUGGCAGGGGCCCCUCGGGGUGGCGAGCUUUGCGCGGGAGGGGCUGCGGCGCAUCCCUGGUGUUGAACUGCUGGGUGGCGGCAACCUGGGGGUCAGCCAAAGCAGCCGGGACGCCGGCAGCAGCAGUGACGGAGACGGUGAUAUCAGCAGUGGCGGCAGCAGCAGCAGCAGCCGCAGCAGCAGCAGCCGCAGCAGCAGCAGCAGCAGCAGCAGCAGCAGCAGCAGCAGCAGCAGCAGCAGCAGCAGCAGCAGCAGCAGCAGCAGAGGCCGAGGCAGUGCUGGGUCGUCCAUUGGCGGCUUCGACCCGCUGCGGCUAGUGAUAAACGUGGCUGGCCUGGGGCUGACCGGCUUCGACGCGGCUGAGUGGCUGGAGGAGCAUGGCGCCGUCGUGCCAGAGCUGGCCACUCUGAAGCUGGUGGUGCUGGUGGUGGGGCCUGGCAGCACCAAGGCAGAUGUGGAGUUGCUGGUGGAGGGGCUGGCGCGGCUGGCAGAAGACAGGCGUGGCCAGGAGGGAGAGUUUCCACAGCAGGCAUCAUUUCAGACUCACCUGAAGCCUGCGCCACCAGCGCAGCCGCCGCCGCCGCCGCCGCAGCAGCAGCAGCAGCAGCAGCUCAUGACGCCGCGAGAGGCAUUCUUCGCGCCGACCAUUCGUGUGCCGCUUGCCGAGGCCGAGGGCCGCGUGUGCGCUGAGCUGCUGUGCCCUUACCCGCCAGGGGUGCCGCUGCUGUUUCCGGGCGAGGCUGUCGGCGCAGAGGCGGUGGCGGCGCUGCGCGGCACGCUUGAGAGCGGGGGCGUGGUUAACAUCUUCAACAAGGGGCCUGCCAGCCGUCGCGGAGAGCCAGCAGCUGCAGGGAUGGACCUUGAUAAGCUGCCGCAUUUUGGAUCGGGCGCCGCGAGCGUGCCUCCGCCGCCCGGCGAGCUGCGCCGCGGCUCUGUCGCCAGCACCACCUCCGAACUCGCGCGGCUCAGCACGGGCGUUGCCAAGCAGCGCAGCGCCAGGGGCAGUGAUGGACGGCUGCCGUUGCCGCACAGCAGCGCCCCUGUGCCCUCCUAUGUCGAGGAAAUCCAGGACCUCAAGCACAUGUUCAAGAAGGAGGCCCGGGCAAAUGCCUUGGCGCGGCAGAACCGCGGCUUUCUGGACUGGUUUGCGGUGGUGCUGCCCUGCGUGGCCUGGCUGCGGAGCUAUGACUUCCGCAACAACAUUAUGUGGGACCUCCUCGCGGGCAUCACUGUGGGGUUCAUGGUGGUGCCACAGGGUAUGAGCUACGCCACUCUGGCUGGUGUCCCCGCGGUGUACGGGCUGUAUGGCGCAUUCCUGCCGGUCCUGGUCUACUCACUGUUUGGCAGCAGCAGGCAGCUGGGCGUGGGGCCCGUGGCUGUCACAUCCCUGCUGAUCGGCAGCGGCAUCCAGAACAUGGUCCCGGGCUCCGCCGAGAUCCAAAACCCCAGUGACCCCGCCCCGGACCAGAUCCCCAUCCAGCUGAUCUUCGACACCAAGGUCAUCCAGCUGGCGUUCCUGGUGGCCUGCCUGUACACCGGCGUGGGCGUGCUGCGCCUGGGCUUCCUCAUCCACUUCCUGUCGCACUCUCUCCACCCACGCGCUUUGGGUCGCACCGCUGUCGGCCAGUGA